AUGUCGUUCAGUCAAAUGAGACCUCGAACAUCCCAGUUGGUGGAGCUCCAUGUUUUUUAUGUCCCAGAAGAAGUGUGGAACUUCAAGCUGAAUACAGUUCCUGUAGCUCAUACUAGCAAAUUCAUCUCAGCUGGGUUUAUAAGGGUGUCUCCUCACAUCACAUUAAGAGUGCUACGGGAGAAGCUUGGAGAGUACCUGGGUGGAGUUGCAGUUGCAGAUAAAUUCAAAUUUUUAAAAUGCAUUGGGAAAAAACUAGCAGUGGUGAAAGAAAAGCAAGAAACAGAACUGAAACUGAAGUCGUUUGCUCCUCCUUAUGCACUUUAUCCUGAAUUGUACUUAUUACCUGAAGUGGAAUACUUUGAAGAUAUUUAUCCAUUAUCAUCAACUCAACACAGACAUCACUUUAAUGCAGAAGCUAAUAGGUUUGGUCAUGGAUCAAGAUUAUCUAGUCUUCCCCAACAAAAAUCUGAAAAAAGCAAACAAUUUUUAGAAAGCAUACAAAGCAGUCAUCAGCUAGAAAAUCAGGAAGCGCACAGUCCUGUGGAAUGGGGUGGGAAAGAACCUGUUCCAGUUUUGCACACAAAACGUAAGCAAGACCAUAGCAACAGGAUUCAAGGAAAACAGUUACAGUUUAGAGAAAAAGAUCAAAAUGGAUCCAAUGGAUCUCUUUUCACACUGAGUCAUUCAAAUCCUGCAGAUUGGGAGCCUAAGUGGAAUGACAAAGCCAAAGGAACUGCUCUUACUCUUCACGUAAACCACAAUGAUGAACAAGGCUGGAAUAACCAAACACCCCAAAAUCAUGUUACAUAUCAAAAGGUUUGCAGGGGAUCUUCAGUCUCUGAAUGGCAGAAAGUGUUAGAUACAGAACUAACAAACAUGGAAAAUAACAACCACCAAAAAGAUACCAAACUAAGAAGAGAUGGAACACAGGAUGCUGGAAUUCUUAAAAUAAUGGAAGAGCAAACCACAGAAUAUUUACGCAAAAAACAAAGCUUGCAGCAAUACAGAACUAGCAAGUCUAUAGCUGAUCCUGGUGAAAAACUGGAUAAUCAGGCAGAUGAAAACAAGCAAAAUCAUCUUACUUGUCAAAAAAAAAAGAUUUUGCCUCCUAGUCCACCUUUUCUGGCAUUUUCUGUAAAUCCAGCUCAAGUUCCUGCAGUUCAAGCAGCAAAAAACAAGGUGGUAGAACAAUUGCAACAAACGAAGAAAGACAGAAGGCACAUGGAAAAAACUAGAGAAGAACUGAUCAAAAAAGCUGAAGAGCUACUGGAAAAAAAUAAGCUGAGGAGAUACCACGCUCGUGAGGAAUGGAAAAAGAAGUACUUUGAAACUAAGAAAGCUACGAUUUCACUGGAGGAUGCUUUAAACAAACUGCUACAAGAUUCAGAACUUUACCACCAGAAAUUACUCUUGCAAUUGGAAGCCAGAGAUAGCCGAAAACGACCAAACAAUAGGAUAAACUCCAAGAAUUACACAAUCAUUCGGAUUACUACAGUGCAGCAUGAAAUCGAUCAACUGAGGAGGAAGCUAGAUGAUACAAAAAUGAAACUCGUAAUAGAAAUUAAGAUGAGAAAGCAGGCAGCAUCUGAUUUACAAGCACUGAGAGCGGAACUGACACAGAAGAAGAUUCAUUCAGCUUUUAUUCUACAGUCCAGAAAAUCAGGAAUGUGA